GAGAGAGAGAGAGAGAGAGAGAGAGAGAGAGAGAGAGGCGCGCGCGCUCGUGUCGUUUCAUUUGGAUUCCACGCGCAGACUAAAACUCUGGAGACGUCGUUUGUUUUUAUUUGGACACAUUGGACGUGUUCGUCAGUCAUGGGGAAAGUUCUUCUUGUCGUUUUAAUCGCUUUAAUCCUUCUGAACGCGGCCCAGACUAAAGGGAAGAAAGGCAGGAAGGUCAAACGCAACAGCACUUCCGUCAUCAGCCCGAGGACCUUUCAAGGAAACGCCGUCCCAAUCAACGUCCCUCCUCCUCCUCCGAACCGAACGGCGGACCCCCGAACGCCCGUCCUCCCGGACGUCGAAGUCGAGUUACGAAGCAACAGCACGGCGGACUACCUCCGGGGCGCUCUGAGCAACAGAUUCGUCCCGGCCGUCUACAUCAUAGCCGUCGUGGUCGGCGUUCCCUCCAACAUCGCCAUCUUGGUCUCCGUUGGGUCCAAAGUGAGGGUGAUAUCGUCGGCUAUACUGUACUGUAGCCUGGCAGUGUCCGACUUGCUCCUGCUGUUCAGCCUCUUACUAAAAGCGCACUACCAUCUCAGUGGAAACCACUGGAUAUUCGGCGAAAGCGCGUGUCGCGUCACGACCGCCUGUUUUUACGGAAACCUCUACUGCUCGGCGUUCACGUUAGCAUGCAUCAGCAUCAAACGCUACGUAGCUGUGGUGCACCCUUUCCUUUAUAAGGGCUUGCCGAAGCGCUUGUUCAGCGCUUGGGGCUGCUUGAGCGUUUGGAUCGUGUUUAUUAUCGCCACCGUGCCGGAAUUUCUAGUGCAGCAAAGCUACCGCGUCACCGAUCUCGGAGUGACCACGUGCCAUGACGUUCUUCCCGCUAAUUUAGAUUACUACCAGUGGCUCGUCUAUUAUAAUUUAGGCUUGACCUGUAUAGGUUUCUUCCUGCCCCUAGUGGUGACGGCGGCGUGUUACGGCUCGAUCGUCUGGCACUUGAACCGUUCGCACCGAGACUGGGCUCUUUAUAUCAGGGCUAGCACGUUUAACUUCGUUAUUUUCGUUUUGUGCUUCGGCCCGAGCAGCUGCCUUCAUUUCGUGCAUUACGUUCUGCUGUCUGUGGGCUCCACGGAGAGUUUUUACAUCUACUUCAGCGUGGCCGUGUGUCUGUGUUGCCUGCAUAGCGCUCUGGAUCCUUAUCUGUUCGUGGUCAUGUCCAGGACUGUCGGAAGCAAGCGCUACUUCCUUACGCGCAAAGGACGCGCGCUUAGCAUCUCUGCGUAAAAGUCAAGGUUGAAAUGCUUGUUGUGCAACCCGUUUAACUUCUCUAAUCUUUGGAACUGGAUCUUAAAUGUGACCUGUCUGAAAUAGCCAAAAGGCACUUCGACUGUUGCUUUUUUUUUAACUAAAUUAGUACUUUCUGAGAAAAAUGCUCAGAAUAGUGAGAUAUAAACUCAGAAUUUGAGAAAUCUGAAUUGUGACAAUUUAGGGGAAAAAAAAUCUAAAUUAUGAGAUAAAAAGCCAGUAUUGCAAGAUAUGAAUUGCAAACUGUAAAUGAAAUGUGCAAUUUUGAACUUUUUGUUUUGAACUCUCAAUAAUGAGAAAACAAUUGUUACAAAUUACUUUAAAAUUUUUUGGUAAAAAAGUGGAGUAAUACCUGAUUAAACUACAGCCAUGCAUCACAUAAAUAAAAUAAAAUAAUAUAUAUAUAU